AUGGCGGAGAUCCACUCCAAGCCGCUCGAGCAUGUGCCGGGCGCCAAGGCCUCACGCGACGACGUCUCGUCACAGGUCUACGGCAUGUCAGGCAUUCCGCUGGCGUAUGAUGGCUACCAUCCCGAGCGCGAGCAAGCGAGCCAAGACGUCGGCAUCGGCUCCGAUGGCGGGUAG